AUUGUAAUGGUAUAGAAUACUGCGUUUGAAGUUUUUUCUGUCCAAAGUGGCAUAAGCUAUUGAAAAUCUCUAUAGGCUUCUUAACAUUUAGAGCCAGUUAUUUGAUAAUGUACUUCACAAAUAUCACGGCAAAACUAGACAUCCUUAUAGAAGUGUUGAUUUCUAUGACGAUAAAGCUAUACAUCCCCCAUUGUUUCCCCUAGGUUUACAGACGGACACGCGCGACAUAUUUUCCGACACGCGCUCUCUGUCCACUAGUGGGAGUGUGCGCGCGACCAUGUAGACAGAAAUGAUAUGCCAUCGUGUGAAUUUUUUGGCAUGCCAAGGGUUUGCCCUAGCUGCUGCCUUCUGGUUUCGUCUCUACCUCGGUCCCAGCCAUGCCAAUCCCCUGGUCAGGCAUGCUGUGGCCACACUCCUUGGCAUUGCCUUUCUCAUGUUCUGCUUCGGAUGGUACUCUGCUCACAUCCUGACAGUAGUGGCUGCAAACUACUUGAUCAUGAUCAAAGCUGACAUCAACCAUGUACACAGGCAAGACUUUUCCUUCACACCACUAAAGGAGAUAUUUAGAAUUUAUUUGGCUGUGGAGCUCUCAGCAGAGCAGGAGAAGGGCGCGUAA